AUGGCGUCGACUGCCAAGCUUAGUGUCGCUGGCGGAGGAGUAUACAAACACUGGGGUCUCUUCAUCGAAGGGCCCACAGACGAGCAAAAGAUCGUGUUGCAAGUCGCGGGCUCUACGAACAGAUUCCGCUUCGAAAGGGAGCUCAAAAAUGCUCGAACGGCCGACGGCACCGUGGAGUUGAUUCCUCUUUGUGAGGUGCCCCUCUCCGGCAUCAGUGCUAUCGACCAAGCGGCGGCAGAGGCACCAAUUCACAACCUAUACACGGGCUAUAAUUGUCAGGACUACGUGAUUGAUCUCCUGGAUAUCCUAGAGGCGAUGGAACUCGUCAAUGGAAAAGACGCACGGUACCAGGCCCAAAAGGCUCGUGUCCUGAGUAAGCAAGAGGGUCGAUAA